AUAAAGGGUUGUGCCUGCCCCAACAACUGUCAGUCACAGGCAGCGCAGCGUUGGGUCAAGCCGCAGCAGUCAGGAUGGCCGAUCUCAGGAUCCUCCUCCUGGUCAGCCUGCUCUCUCUGCCCCCGGGUCAAGGCGAGGGACCCUGUUUGGACGAGCUCUACGUUGAAGGCUCCGAGUCAUGUAUGGAUGUCUCUGGACUUCAGCCAAUGAAAUGGAGGAGCAGCAAAAAUUAUCUUGAGAUACAGUCGAGCAAACCUCUUUGGUUUUCGUUCGACUGUAUCAAUGCUUCCCACAGCUGCCGCUUCCACCGUCUCAUUAAAGUGGUUUUCGUUCCCGGCGAGAAUGGCCUGGUGACCUGGAGGCCGGAGGGCCAAGCCUUUAAGUUAGAAGCCGGAAUUCGGGCUUAUGGACGAGUCGACUACAUAGAACCAGGGAAACGUUCUUAUGACAUCGCAAUCCACGGGUCGUCUGCGGGACCCUUGUGUGGCAUCAGCUGCCCUUCCCUGAACCUGAACUUCAUGAGCGCUGCAUACUGCGGACAUCCCAUGGUCAUCAUCAGCGUAAACAAGACCAGAGAUCCUACAUGGAGUUACUUCGACUUCUCUGCCCUGGUCUCUAGGCACACAGCGAGUGGUCCGCCGGAAGACGUCCCCACUGCACUCGCCAGCCCAAGCAGCAUCUCAACGGUCGACGGGGAUAAAACCAGUAAGACCUUUCCCUUACUCGUGUGCGCCAGAGAAGGUAUGUUGAGGAGACCGGCCAAGGGUAUCUUUGGUUUUGAAUGUGACUUGGGUUGCUGGCAAAACCCAACUGUCGUUGCGUAGACCGGCCAAGGGUAUCUCGUUUUUAAGUGACUCUGACGAAGGCGAAAUCCAACCGUUGUUCCACGAAACCGCCUACCACCGUGGAC